AUGUCUUUCUCUAUGAGUUCCCCUCGGGGACAGACCCUUCUCCGAGCCAAAGCUUUGGUUCUGUGUGCCGUUGGCGUGAGCCUCUUCCUGGUCUGCCUUGGCUCGCUAUCUGGCGCCUCUUCACGCUCCGUCCAUAGCCGAGUCUUCAAGCGAAGCACUCAGACUAGUGAGCCCGCCAUCUGGCAGCCAAAGGCUGGCAUCAAGUGGCAGAUUCAGCUGGCAAAUGCCGUUGAGGACAUUGCUCUCGGUGCCGAUGUCUACGACAUUGACAUGUUCGAUAACGACGCCACCAAGAUCGCCGAGAUUCACAAGACUGGCGCCAAAGUCAUCUGUUACUUUUCGGCCGGUACGUACGAGAGCUGGCGACCCGACGCCAACAAAUUCUCCCAGGCCGAUUUCGGCAGCGAGCUCCCGGACUGGCCCGGAGAGCGCUGGCUCAAUCUGCGCUCGACCGGCAUUCGCUCCAUCAUGCAGGCUCGUCUGGAUAUCGCCAAGCAACGCGGUUGCGACGGUGUCGACCCAGACAAUAUUGACGCCUACGGUAAUGAGAACGGUCUCGGCCUCACCGAGGCUGAUUCAAUCGAGUAUCUGAAUUGGCUCUCGUCCGAGGCUCACUCGCGUGGCAUGUCGAUUGGUCUCAAGAAUGGUGGUGACAUUAUUUCUUCUGUCAUUGAGAAGAUGCAAUGGUCGGUCAACGAGCAGUGUGCUCAAUAUGACGAAUGUGAUGUCUAUGCCGCCUUUACUGAGGUCGGCAAGCCGGUCUUUCACAUUGAAUAUGUUGGCGAGAUUGCAGGUGACGCCAGCGACAACAGUGAUGCCAGUGACAGCAGUCAGAGCAGCGCGGACGUGAGCGACAAUGUUGAAAGCAACAACACCGAGGUCGACAACAACAACAACGACGACGAGAAAGAGUCUAUCGAUGACAAGAAGUCUGUUGGCGACAACAAAGAGUCUGGCGAUGAUGACAAGGAGUCUGGCGAUGAUGAAGAGAAGUCUGGCAAUGAUGAGGACGACUCCGAUGGUGACGACGAUUCCGAUAACGACGAUGAUUCCGAUGACGACGAUGAUUCCGAUGAUAACAACAAUGCCGAUGCCAAGGAGAGCCCCAAGGGCAAGGACACCUCCAGUGAAUGCAGCCGCGGCGGUAAAUCCAGGCUCACGGCCCGCGGCGUGACGGUUUUCCAAAAGGGCGUGACGGUCUCCCAAAAGACCGUGGCUUGUCGCGCCAAGAGCGCUGAGAACUUUUCGACCGUCAUCAAGAAUAUGAAUCUGGAUGCCUGGGUGCAGUACUGCUAG